GGACAUCGUAAGAACGACACUGACGACAAAGAAGAGACAGAGGACAUCGUAAGAACGAGCAUGGCUUCAGAAGAAGCUGUAGACGGAGAAGAUGCGGAGGAUGAUGUACGAAGGGUUACAGCUUCAGAAGAAGCUGCAUUUGUGAAUAUUGAUGCAGAUGAGCAAACUCCUCGAGGCGAUGUAUGCGAGAAUGACGACGAAGAAAACACUGAUGAGGUUGUAAGAAGGGACGAAGCUUCAGAAAAAGUUGUAUUCGUGGAUCUUCGGAAAGAAAACACAGAGGACGUGAUGUAUGCCAACGCUUGUGAUCAUGGCGGAGAUACAAUGGAGAACGACAAUGCGGAGAGCAGGGAAGAAGCCCGCAGUAACGACGGAGCUUUUCAAAAAUGUUUUUUCGAUAUGUUCGGCAAGAGGCCAUCAGGAGAAGGUAUUAGAGAAAUGAAGCAAACCUCCUUACAAGAGGUCAGAAGAGGUGUUUUCAGCAAGUUAAAGAAGAGCGAAAAAACUCCUUACAACUUAGGGAAACGAAGCAGGAACUUGCGUGUGUACAACAAGAAGGCAAACUACCACGUGAACAUGAAGAGAGUGGAAGAAGUUCUCAAGGAGUCCUGCUGCAAGGCAGCAUGUUAUAAGAAGUUUCGCGCAGAAGAUGUCUAUUACAUUCGUGAAACAUUUAGGGCGAUGAAACAACCGGAGCAAGUCAACUUCCUUCUCAGCGAGAUGAGAGCUGCAUCAUAUUUCUCAGAUGAAGGAGAGUUAGCGAUGCUAAGAGUAACAUUAAAUGGCAUCAAGGUUUGCACAAGAGCAUGGGGAAAGCUUUACGGAUGCUCAACUACACAUGUAGCAAGCGUUCGCGCAACUUUCAAGGAUGGAGUGCACACGUACGAACAUCGUAACAAGGGAGCGGGUGGUUUGUCUGUAUCAUCGUUGUAUAUUCUUUCUUGGCUGCACGAGUAUUUUCGGUACAACACUGAAAGUAUGCCGAACAGCAACCAAUUUCAUCUUUCGUCGACUCUUCUACGCAAAGAUGUUUAUGAAUUUUUCGAGAAGGAGUGCGCAUCACUUUACAGCUCCUCCAUUUUUCCGUCGAGUUCAUGGUUUAUGACAAUUUGGAGGGACCACUGCCCUAAAGUUCUCAUUCCUACACUAAAAAGGUUCUCAGUUUGCAGCCAAUGUUUGUGAUUCAAGACAGGACGCUCACAGGCAACAAAACGCAUUGAACGAG